UUCCCUUCCCUCUCCAGUGGACCAGAGCAUGUUUGAGAACACCAGCGCCAGCACAGCACCCACCCCACGGCCGCAGCACGUCCCUUCCUCGGCGGGCACUCUGCCACAGCCCUCCCGCCCCGCCAGCAGCCAACACCUCCGCAACCUGGGCAAGGCCAUGGGGGCCAAGGUGAACGAUCUCCUGCGCCGAAAGGAGCCCGCUGGCCUCCCCAGUGUGGGAGCGAUGGAGGCAAACGCCGGCGUGGGCGCCAUGCUGGGCACAGCACAGCUGGCUGUCGAGGACGGGGCUGUGGGGCUGGACGCCUUUCCUCGGCUGGACCCCCCGCCCCCCAUCACCAAGAAGCGGACGCCACGUGCCCUGAAGACCCCGCAGGACAUGCUCAUUGCUCCACAGCCAGAGGAGACCAGUUCAAGGAUUGGCACAGAGGAGCCUCCAGAACCACCCACAGCCCACCCUGACAUUGCAGAGGAGCAGCUGGAUACGGGGGACCCAUCCCCUCCAGAAUGCCCUGGGCUGCCCAGCACGACAGGCACCCCAGAGCCCAGCGGGAACCAGCCCACUGGUGCCCUACCCGUGCCUGACCUCAUCCAUAAGGGCAGCCAGGAGAGCCAGUGGCGAGUGGGUGAGAGGGCCACCGAGAUGUCACCCCCCACAGAGAAGCCCUCACAGAGACCAAGGCUGGAGCAUGAGCCACCAGGGAGCACAGGGCGGCCAGAGCCACGUACCCCUGGCUGGGAGGUGGAGGGGACCCACCCUGACUUACUGUCCUUUGAGUAGCAGUGGGGGAGCUGUGACAGGGGCACUGUGGGGGCUGGCUCUCCCAAACACGUCUCUUGCUGCCACUUGCCAUUUUUGGGGUCUUUAUUUUGGGAGAGGGAGCCCCAGUGUGGAAGGAGCCAUUGCUGCCCCAGUGUGGGGCGUGGGAAGCCACGACAACCUGCUUCUCCCCAAAUUCCCAGGAGGGGCACAGCCU